GAGGAAGAGUCAACAGUGGAGAGUUGAUGAGGCCUUAAAAGGAAAAAAAAUUGCUAUUUUUCUCAGAAAAAAAUAUAGGCAAUUGGGUUUUAUCAAGAAAAAAGCUCUUCCAAAUGAAAAGAAGAGAUCGAAUUUUGGUCUUCUUGUUAAUAUCCGUUCUACUUACAAGAACUAUCAAAGGAAAUUCAUCAAACACUACUAAGUGCGUCCGAUCAUGUGGCUCUGGCCACGGCCGAGGCCGGCGCCUAUCAUUACCGUACCCAUUCGGAUUCUCAGCCGGUUGUGAAAUCCAGCUCAGAUGCAACGCCACAGGAAAAGCCUUCGUGGGUGAGUUUCCGGUUCAAUCAGUUGGUCCAGACAGCAUAAAGAUCAACAUCGAGAGAAAAUGUAAUCGUCCCCUGAGAACCAGCGUGGGUCAGCUAUUCGGCCCAAACUACGCUCCAACGUCCCGAAACGCGAUCCUCUUGGAGAACUGUACCGAACCCGGUGCGGCCUGCGAGAUCCCUACGAUUCUGGUGCAGACCCACUUCUCGUCCCUGAGCUGUAGCGCCGACGACAGCUCCAACUCCAGCAGUAUCAGUUGUUACUCGGAGAGGAACACGAGCGCCUUCAUUGAUUUCCAUAGACUUAGAAAGAAAAAGUGUGAGUUUCUGUUGUCGUCCAUAUCGGCGGCUUCACUUAAUAACUCGGAAUCGCCGGUUUCAUUGGAGAUACAGGUGGCGGAGCUUGGUUGGUGGAUGGAAGGAGGGUGCCACACCCAACAGUGUGAUCCGAAUGCCAAUUGUACAAGCCUUCUCACGCCAAAUGGCAGCCUCGGUUAUCGUUGCUAUUGCAAACAAGGUUUCGAAGGAGAUGGGUUCCAGGCCGGGAUCGGCUGCAACAAAGUUUCGAAGUGUAGCCCGGCAAGAUACUUCUCUGGCAAGUGUGGAGGAACCACUCGAGUAGUCACACUAGUCGGAGGCAUUGCUGCUGCUACUUCUUUAAUGAUCAGUCUUGGUCUAGCCAUGUGCUGUUUCUUACGAAGAAGGUCCAAAAUGAAAGCCAGACAUUUCACAAAACGCCGUCUUUCCGAAGCCACAGGCAACUUAAACAUCCCAAUAUAUAACUACAAAGAAAUAGAGAAAGCCACCAGUGGCUUCUCCGAAAAAUACCGUCUUGGCACCGGCGCUUACGGAACCGUUUACGCCGGAAAACUCCACGGCGACGAGUGGGUUGCCAUCAAGAGAAUCAGACACAGAGGCGCCGACAGCAUCGAGCAAGUGGUCAACGAAAUCAAACUCAUUUCGUCUGUAAGUCACCCCAACCUCGUACGUCUCUUGGGCUGUUCCAUCGAUUAUGGCGAACAGAUACUCGUAUACGAGUUCAUGCCCAAUGGAACGCUUUGUCAACAUUUACAGAGAGAGAGGGGUGAUGGACUUGCCAGCUGGUUGAUUCGGCUCACCAUCGCCACUGAAACAGCUCAAGCCAUUGCUUAUCUUCACUCAGCUAUUAAACCACCAAUAUAUCAUAGAGAUAUUAAGUCUAGUAACAUUCUUUUGGAUCAUAACUUUAGAUCCAAAGUUGCAGAUUUCGGUCUUUCAAGGCUUGGAAUUAUUGAAACGUCUCAUAUUUCGACAGCCCCACAAGGGACUCCGGGAUAUCUUGAUCCUCAGUACCAUCAGAACUUUCAUCUUUCGGAUAAGAGUGACGUUUAUAGCUUUGGAGUUGUUCUUGUGGAGAUCAUAACGGGACUUAAAGCUGUUGACUUUACUCGACCCCAGAAUGAAGUCAAUUUGGCUUCUCUGGCUUCAGAAAGAAUAGGAAAAGGUUGUCUUGACGAGAUUAUUGAUCCGUUUCUUGAGCCAAGAAGGGAUUCGUGGACUCUUACGACGAUUCAUAAGGUAGCAGAGUUGGCUUUUAGAUGUUUAGCGUUUCAUAGGGACAUGAGGCCUUCGAUGAUUGAAGUGGCCGCGGAAUUGGAACAAAUAAGGAAGACUAGAUGGACUUGUUCGGAACAGAACACUUGUACGGCUUCCUCUGAAGUAGGUUCUUCUUCGUCCUCGUCCUCGUCGAAUGUAAGCGAAAAACCUAUCAGUAUUAACGAGUCAGUUUUAGAGAGAAGGGAUCAUCUGGUUUUGGUGAAAACUGGGGAUGGUCAUAGCUUUGAUUCGAACAAAAUGUUGAAGGCGAAUUCACCUGUCUCUGUUCAUCUUGCUUGGUUGAGUGAGCAGAGCUCUCCUGCAUCAAAUAGUUUGCUAAGAAAUUCAACUCAGUUAUCUUCAUAGUUGAUUUUUCUACGUGGUUUUACUUUUACGUUCAUUCAACUGACCAAUCUUUUGCUCAAGUAAGCACAAUUUCUCUUCUCUUUUAUCAAGGCAUUAAAAGUUAAAAGCUUUCGCUGAACGUUUUUUUUUAGUAUUUACGUUUUCUCAUUUUCUUGUUUUUGUAGGGAGUUUUAGCAAAUUGUUUGACAAAGCAAAAUGCGCAUGUAAUAUUAGUGUCUGUGUGGUUAUUUUAGUGAUCAGUUUGAAGUGUAAUUUUUUUAGCAAUACAUUAUAAACGUACAGAAACAGUUACUCGAGAGUGGUAAUUUUUUCUACAAACCAUUAUAAUAGCGUAAUCUCAGCUUCUCAUGA